UUAACUAGUUAUACUAAGGAUUAAUACGCAUCUCGCUGCCUUUUUGUUCAGCCGCUUUGUAUAUUUGAUAAGGGUGUCCCUUUUAAAUAACAUUGUGUAAUUUGUUUCAGUGCUUUGUGUUUUUCCUAAGGAGCGAUCGACAUGGUUUUAACCAUGAAUAACGGACACUGGCAAGAGUAAAACGUAUUGGUGAAAUUUGCAGAAAUGUGCGUGUGUUUUUACUGCGAAACACAAUAUUUGUGAUUGCAUGACAUUCCGAUGCAAUCGGCACAAACGUUGAUUUUAAUUUUGACACUGCGGUGCUCUAAUUUUAGGGAGGGUAUUUCUUUCCCAAUGAAAGCGAUGGGUCACGAUGUGUUGGGGACAUGCUUUUGUGAGUAACAAACACCCAUCAGCAGUCUCUGUGGCACCAGGGCAUGACGAUGGUCCGGUGGGAUACCUGGGGCUCCCUUUUAGAAGCAGAGCUUUGCAGGAUCUCGACCGAGACGAGGGGGUUUUGGGAAACCUUUUUUUCCAAAGGGUGAAGUGCAUGAAGAGUCUCGCUCCAUCCCAGACACGUCCAGCUCCAAGCUCGCGCCUCCACAUCCAGGAAAAUGUCCGGCUCCUACGACGAGUCCGCUGGCCUUGAGGAAGCGACAGACAGCUUUUGGGAGGUGGGGAACUACAAACGCGCAGUGAAGCGGAUUGACGACGGCCAUCGCCUGUGCAAUGACCUCAUGAGCUGUCUACAGGAGCGCUCCAAGAUCGAGAAGGCCUACAGCCAGCAGCUCACCGACUGGUCCAAGAGAUGGAAGCAGCUGAUUGAGAAAGGGCCACAGUACGGCACAGUGGAGCGCGCCUGGUUGGCGAUUACAAUAGAGGCGGACAAGGUAAGCGAGCUGCACCAGGAGGUGAAGAACGGCCUGCUCAACGAGGACUUUGAGAAAAUCAAGAACUGGCAGAAAGACUCCUACCACAAACAGAUGAUAGGUGGCUACAAGGAGGCCAAAGAGGCUGAGGAGGGCUUCAAGAAGGCCCAGAAACCCUGGGCCAAGAAGCUCAAGGAGAUGGAGGCGGCCAAGAAGGUCUACCACAUGGCCUGCAAGGAGGAGAAGCUCGCAGCUUCCCGGGAGGCCAACAGCAAGGCGGAGGCGUCUGUCACCCCGGACCAGCAGAAGAAGCUGCACGAGAAGGUGGACAAGUGCAAGCAGGAUGUGCAGAAGGCCAAAGAGAAGUACGAGAAGGCGCUGGACGAGCUGAAUAAGUGCACGCCGCAGUACAUGGAGCACAUGGAGCAGGUAUUUGAGCAGUGCCAACAGUUUGAGGAGAAGAGGCUGAGCUUCCUCAAGGAGGCCCUGCUGGACAUCAAGCGGCAUCUGAACCUCACGGAGAACCAGAGCUACGCUACUGUGUACCGAGAGCUGGAGCGCACCAUCAACUCAGCCAGCGCGCAGGAAGACCUGAGGUGGUUCAGCAACAACCACGGGCCGGGCAUGCACAUGAACUGGCCUCAGUUUGAGGAGUACAACCCAGAUGUCACCAACGCCGUCCCCAAGCGGGAGAAACCCAAGAAAGCUGAAGGGGCCCCCAACACUCCAGGGACAGAGCAUGUGGUGGCACAGGGUGGAGAUCGGGGCAGCGUGAGCAGCUACGACAAGAACCAGGCUUACUCUACCGAAUGGUCAGACGACGAGCAGCCGGCCUCCCACUCGGGCAAUGAGACCAACGGGGGCACCAACCCCUUCGACGAGGAGUCGGCCAGCGGUGGUGGGGAGAAGGGCGUCCGCGUGCGGGCUCUCUACGACUACGAUGGGCAAGAGCAGGACGAGCUGAGCUUCAAAGCCGGAGAUGAACUGACCAAGCUGGAGGAUGAGGAUGAACAAGGCUGGUGCAAAGGUCGCCUAGACAACGGGCAGCUGGGCUUAUAUCCAGCCAAUUACGUAGAGCCCAUCUAGUCUGCCCCGCCCAGCUCUGGGGGCCGGCUUAGGCUGGACCGUCCAAUCAUGCUCCGUAUAACCAGAGACUCACAAGCAACACUUUUCUUUGCCACACAACCGUGCCGAGCAGUCUUAAUCUUAGUAUAUAAAAAAGACAGUAUAUAUAAUGAAUAAAUUUAUUCAAUCUCUGGGGGGUGGGGGGGUGAGAAAAAAAAAAAACGCUAAUUAAAAACUAAGCAUAAACCGUAUGUAUACCAACAAACGACCAUUGACGCAAGGGCAGGGAGACGUUCUGCAUUUUGUGUAGUUGUGUUCAAUAUGAAUUUUGUGCAGCUGAUAUGACUUUUAUGUAGCGGUAUGUUCUCCUAUAACAAUGAGUAUUAUGUAGUCAGAGAAAGCUAGAAUAGCCGGAAUGAGCUGUUCGACGUGCACUGUGCAUAUUUGACGACAUUUUGUUGUAGCAGUCUGGAUGCUAUGCGUGUACAGUCCUUAUUGUUGCAGUGGUAAUUCAGUGUAGCGUUUGAAACAGAAAAACAAAACAAAAAAACGCUAUGCAAUGAGAUAUAUUUUUACUUUGACUGAUCAUUGUUUUGCUAUGUGCUUAUUGUUUCAUUCUCCUUACAGCAGAGGGCACCCUACUGCGCACCGUGUACUCCCCGUGUCGUGGCAUGAGCUUUGUUAACUGUAUAAUGUGCAUUUCAGUGAUGUAAAAUCACUUGUCAUGUAGUGUGACACGUGACAACGGCAUUUCCCUUUCACGGGGGGCGGAUGUUAUUGUCGCGUUUGCAUGAUCAUCCUGUCCCGUUUUGGCAUUUUUGUUGCACAUCCAUCAUCUACAGGUGCCGUUUUUCCUGUGUCCCAUUCAUUACCUGGCAGUCUGUUAAAAUUCUGUUGCUUCUGUCAGCUUUGCAGUUGGGAAGUUAUGUUGGAAUGUCUCGUCAACAUUGCCCAACCACUGGUUCGUUGAUUAGCAGUUUCCGUUUAGCCCCUUGCUAAUCCCCAGCACUUCUCUGUCAUUCAUGUCCUUUAUCGAACAAUGCAGAAUGCUCGCAGUAACGCUGUGUAAACCCAAUCAAUGUAAGCUGAAGCACGCAUACUGCUACAACCACAAACUCAUUACCAGACCCACCCACCGUCCAAGUGAACCAAGGGUAGUGAGUUCGACGGCGGUGCCACAUCCAGCUGGGAUGGCCGUUGCCCGGGGAGAGGUGACUCGCUACAGCAAAGCCCAAAAGCUGAGCACCUUGAGAAAGCCACUUUCAGCAGCCGUCAAAACUGAGCCGAAGUAAGAACGAAAAUACGACGCCCCCACGACCUGUUUUCAAAGCCGACCCAGCUUAGUCCAGUCUAGUGUGUCUAACUCGGCUGAUUGCUGUUGAACAUGAUAGUGGACGGUACUUUUUGCAACCUCUCCCCAUGUGACUGAAACUCGUUGUGAUUGUAUCAGCUGUUCCUCGAUUCACCUCCUUUCUCCUCAUCGCCUCUCUGUAUUUGUCACAUACUCACAUUCACCUCAUCUGUCUUUCUGUACACUCCCCUUGCUUAUUUGGGGAAAAUGGGAUAUUUCAGAUAUUUCUAGGACUUAGUGUAUGAAUCCUUAUCUGCCAUCCAUGCUGCCUUGCAUAAAUGUUAAUAUGUCUCGGGGAUGUGUAAAACGGUUUUAAUAUGGUUGGUCCAGGUUAUUAAUUAAUAAUUAAUUAACAGUUAACGUGGCACCUGAAAAGAGAUUUUCAAAUUUUAGAAUAUCAGUGCAUCUGGUCGGCCAGACUGGGAAAACAUGAAUUCAUUCUGUAUAAGUAUUGUUAGAUUAUUUAUAGGUUAAAUAUGUACAUAAAAACUUUACACAGUUUAUUUUUAUUUAUCAAUAAUUCAAAGCCAGUUGUCUUUAGUCUUGGUGCUUGAACAUCACAAUCAAGAAUUUUGUUGUAAUUAAUUGCUUGACUCUGAUUGGUCGUGGAUUGGAGCUUGGAUGUGCUGAUUGGUUCAUACCAAUAUGUGUCUAUUAGUCCUGCAUAUGAUAUGCAGAGAAAUUAACGUCUAAAGUCAAAGCUAAGAAUACGGGAGUGGGGUUCUGUUGCCAGCAUUUGAUAGUGAGAUGCCAGUGUUAAAAAUGCUGGAUGGAAGGAAAAGGUCAAUGGAAGUUCCACUGAGCGGAGUGUGACGUCAAGAAAAGGAUUCGUUUUUCCAAGGUCCUCUGCUCAUACCGAUCAGAAGUGAGGCAAACAUUUACAGUUGCAUCCAAUAUUAACACAUGCAAUCAAGCGAUAUGUACCUGAGCAUCCAUACUGUAUUUAAAUGUAUCUUAAUUGCAAUGGAAUCGUUAACCUAUAUUAAGCGUGCAGUGGAUCCGCGCUUUCUGAAUUGUAUAUGAUGAUGUAAUUUAUGACAUUAUACCGUAACUGUACAACUAUGUGGAGUUGACAAUGAAACUACACGUGAAGCAGUAAAGAAAGGUGUAUAUGUAAAUGCUUUUUAAUGUUUAUUUUUUUCUCCUUUGUGCAUAGAAGGGGUUCGAUGAGAAAAAUUAUGUAGAAACUCUACUUUAACGGUGUAGAAAAUGUAUGUAUGUGUAGACCUUAGUGCUGUAAUAUUAUCUCCAAUCUGGUGUAAUGCCUGUUCAUCUCAAACCUUCAAGGAACAUUAAAAAGGUAUUUAAAUAUAAAUUAUGAUGAUGAUGAUGAUGAUGAUGAUGAUGAUGACGACGACGAUGCCAGUGGCCAAAUAGACACAAACCCAAGUUUUUAAAAUCUCAGAGCAGCAUGGGUCAGAAAGAAGCAGUUUGUUUGAGAUGACAAGCAAAAAUUAUGGAUGUAUGUGAGUGUGUGUUUGCAGUUACGCUUAUUUUUGAGGUGGAACAAAAGCAUCUAAAGCAAUAUUUAUUAAUGGUGAUAUAAAAAGACACUAUUAUAAGUUUGGUUCGUUCAUUUGUAUGACGAUUGUAAAAUCUUUAUAGAUGGGUCUCCAUUCAGUAGGUAUGAAACCUUCGGUUUUCUCCUAACCUAAUCGUGAAAUGCUGACGAAACCUUUCAGUUAGUGGUGAAUAGUGCAAAUGAUUGGUGUAAUUUUUAAAAUAGCAAUGAUUAAGGGUUAAUCAAACAAUUGCUACAAGCACAUAAUAUAUAAUCAAAAAUAUAUGUGUAAAAUAAAUGUGUAAAUUGAUUAGUAUGCAGGACUAAGCAUGACAAGUAUAAAUAAAUAGAUGUACAAAUAAAUCAUGACAUAUAUAUGGACAUUCUGGUCAUGAAAAAUAGCAUAAUUAGCUCUAUAUUAAUGUAUUUAUCUAACAUGGCAUAAGUACAAAUAAAUGAUGAAAUAUAUAAAUAUGUAUAUACAUUUUGGUCAUGAAUAUGACAUAAUCAGGUCUACAUUUAUUAGUUUAUCUAUUUCUACAAUUUAGUAUUUCCAUUUUUUUUCAUGUAUUUAUUUGUUUCAGUAUUUCCACAUUUCUUCAUGCAUUUAUUUCAGUAUUUCCACAUUUCUUCAUGCAUUUAUUUCAGUAUUUCCACAUUUCUUCAUGCAUUUAUUUCAGUAUUUCCACAUUUCUUCAUGCAUUCAUUUCUCUAUUUCCGUCUCUGCGUGUAAAUUGGAUAGGCGGGUCUCACUCUAUGCAGGUUAAACAUAAGAGUGGAAUCAUUUCGGCCAUAUAUUUAUUUAUAUAUUUCAUGAUUUAUAUGUACAUUUAUUUAUUUAUACUUAUGUCAUGUUUAGUCCUCUGUCCUUGUUUAUUCUAUUCAGAGACAGAAUUUGCUGUAUGGGACAGUGAUUCUUCAUUUUACCACUAGAGGGCAGUGCCAGUACCGCCACACUUGGCUGAUAGGGAUUUUGCAUUUCGUCAAAUACAAGAAUCGUCACCUUUAAAAUGGUUACCAUGAUGACUGAUAGUUUGAGCAUGCUUUGAAUCGUCUCGUUCAUAUGUAUUACUAAUGGUUUUACUGCAGGUGAUGUAGUUUCAGUGAUAAACCAGUUCCAGUCUUAGACAAACCAGAUAUGAAAUCCUGCAGAAAGUUCCCCAAAUUGCACAGAAAUAAAGGGGUGUUUUUUUAUACUGCAUAAUCAAAUUUUAAUCACUGUUAUUAGUAUGGUGUAGCAUCCUGAGGUAUUAAAAAUAGAUUAUACAGUACAUUCCCUUGUUUCUGGUACUUGAGGGACACGCGUAGUUCAGUCAACCCACUUUGCAUGUGUGGAUCAAACUUAUUCUUUUCAGGAUAGAUAAAAACACGCAAGAUGAAAAACUACAUUAACUCACUCACUAACUCACUUGCGGUGUUUAUGAAAAUCUGUCAGGACAGAAAGAUGUCAAAGAAAAAUAAAUUGACGCUGCACUUAAA